GGAAACUCAGCUCUGGUAUAACAGCUGGUCCAAGGGCAGCAGCUCUCACUCCACCUUGGGUCCAGAGCGAUGGCAUUGUUGGGUAAAGAGCCGAAGCCUGGAGACGUGGUUGAGAUUUUCUGCACUGGGUACAAGCACUGGGCCAUCUACGUGGGAGACGGCUACGUGGUCCACCUGGCACCUCCGAUUCCAGGUGAGUGCCUCGGCCCCUACAAUAGCCGCAGGUUCCUGAGCAAAUUUCUGAUUGUGAAGCGUGAGCUCUUGAAGGACGUGGCGACGAACUGCAACUAUGUGGUGAACAACUUCUGGGACCAAAUGUACAAACCACAGUGUGUCAACGACAUCCUCCACACGGCCAAUAAAUGGCUGUGGUUUGCAUCAUUUGUUAUUGUCAGAAGAGACGCUAAGGAAUUUGUUACCGAUCUGAGAUACGGCUUACCCAAAGAUCAGCUGGAGAGACUUUCCCAGGGGCUCCUGGAUUAUCCGGUUUGGAUGAGGAGACCUCGCUUGGAGAAGAAAUCGAAAACCAACAACAACGUGAGGCAGCCCCGAUCCUGACCCAGCAACCACCGGGACCCCCAAGAGAAGCCCCUUGACAGCUCCUCUGCCUACUCCCUCGCCCCUCCCGUGCUUUCCUCUCCCCGAUGAGGCUGGCUCAUGGCUUUUCCUGGAAGCAGCAAAAUAUGUUUCCUGGACCCCAGGAACAUAUCCAAUACGAAUAUAUCAUUAUCAAGAAUUCUCCAUCUCCACUUACUUAUUUGUUUGUUUUUGGUCUUUUGAUGGCAUUCUGGUGCUCAGGGCUUAUUCCUGGCUCUGUGCUCAAGGACCACUCUUGGUAGAGCUCCGGGGACCAUAUGUGGUGCUGGGGAUCAAACCUAGGUCAGCAAGUGCCUUACCUUUUGUACUCUCUCCCCUGCUUUUAUUUAAAAAAAAAAAAUCCGUUUUAGGAAAGCCCAUAUAGUUUUCCAUAGAUACUGCACCAAUUCACACAACUCACAACAUUUGUUGUCCCCAGCCAGAAUUCCUUGUUCUCUGUUCUCUUGCCAACAACAUAUUCCCUGAGUUUUUGAUAGAGGCCAUUUUCGAUGAGGUGAAAUCUCUGUGGUUUUGAUUUGCAUCCCCCGAAUAAUAAAUGAAGUUGAG